AUGUGGGUCCAAGGUGAGGAGAUCGCGGCUGCAGACUCUGAUGCGCUGAGCAGUUUAUCCUCUGACGAUGAAGGAGACAUUCAGUGUGAGAUCCUGGAGAAACAGAGAGAUGAAGCCAAUGAGAGGCUGGCUGAGCUGGAGCGAGUCUCCUGCCAGCUGCUGAAGGAGAUGGACGUCCUAGAGAUGCAGUUCCAGGUUGAGCGCUCCUGCAGGGAAAGUGCCGAGGCGCUGGCUGUUAAGGUGACCACGGAGAACAAGGUCCUGAAGAGGAGGAGCCAGAUGCUGAUGCCGCUCAUCCCGGAGCUGCCUGAAAACAUGACCUUUGACCUGCAGACUGACCCGAGCGCUGACGCGGGUCCUGAGGGUCCGGACGACAGCAGCAACGAGGAGACGCUGCUGCAGAGCCAGGUCAAGAUCACAGACCUGCAGGCGUCAGUGGACAGUCUGCUGGCUGAGAAGCUGCAGCUGCAGCAACAAGUUGAGGCUCUGAGCAGCGAGCAGGACCGGCUCAAAGAGCAGCUCGCUGUGGAGCUUGCAGAGAAGGAAGCCAUACUGAGGAAAAUGAACAAACAGAGCAAGACAAUGAAUAAGAUCAAACGAGUCUCCCAGCUUGUCACGGAGGAAUUCACAGAAAUGUCUCAGAAGCUGGAGGUGGAGCAGGGCCUUCGGCAGCACGCAGAAGUCUUCGCCCACCAGAUGCUGGUGCAGCAGACGGCGGCCGACAGGCAGAGCGUGAUGCUGACGCAGAGCACGGAGACCAACCUGCAGCUGCAGCAAGCUCUGGAGCAAAUCUCCACCAUCAGCACCGCCCUGUGUGACAUACAGCACUACUACCAGAGCCAGGUGAAACAGAGUCCCGGCUCUCUGGAGGACAGCAGCGUCCUCGGUGAGCUGCAGAGGCUGACAGAACAGCUGCAGAGGAGCGAGGAGGAGAGGAAGACUUUGGAGGCUCAGCUGUCUGCCGCCCAGAGCGCCGUCAACCUGCUGCAGGGAGAAGUGAAACAGUUGCAGGAUGCAAUGAAAAAAGAGGAUGAAACUGAUCAACCAGAGGAAGAGAAAUCCAUCGCUCCUUCUCUUCCUCCUCCUCCUCCUCCUCCACCACCACCACCUCCUCCACCUCCUCCCACCCUUUUCACCAACCCACUUGAUGUUCUGAGGAGGAGGAGGAAAGAUGGAGCGAGCAAGGCUGAUCCAAACAAGCCCGUGUCGCUGGUGGACAUAAAGUCGCGAGCGGUGGACGAGAUGAUGGAGAGAAUAAAGAAAGGAAUCGUCCUGCGGCCCGCCAACAGAGCGCAGGAGGACGACAGCUCCUGGAAGGACCAGAGGAGUGACAACAGGAAAUCGGCUAUUCUGGAGUUGAAAGAAAUGCUGGACUUGCCGAAACUUCGUCAGAGCCGCUGGAGGACGUCGUCCAGGAAGAGGAUCAGCCGAAACGUCGGCGAGGCGGAGCUGCAGCUCGUGCUGCAGAGGAGGAGGAGAGCCAUGGGAGAUGGCCAGGACCCGCCCGCCUCCGCCCAAACACAAGACUCCCAGCCAGGUCGGCCGAGUGUCCCGGCAGCAGACGGGGUCCCCUGGGCAGGCGAGGCUGGCGGCGCCCCGGUGCUCCGGAGGCUGAAGCAGAACAGAGAGAAGAGGGACUCUCGCAUCAGAGCAUCAACGCUGAUCGUCUGCCAAGAGAAAUUAAGCUAA